AUGCAGCAAAUAAAUUAUGAUUAAGUUUUGCUAACCUUUUAAUGCUCUCGUAAACAUUUAGUUAUUGAUUCAAAAUACUAUGUUUACUUACUACCAAAAGCAUUGAUUCUUUCAAGAGUAAUUAUUUAAAAUUUCUUAGAAUCCAAAACAACAAAACCCAAAAUACAUUGUAUAAUUAUGUUUAACAUCUAAAAUUCAUUGGAUAACAAAGCCAAAGACUCCAAUUCUUGAAUAAUUUGGAUUCCAAUAUAAGGAUGAAAUAAAAUAUUUCUCUGCUCCAACAAAGGAUUUGCAACAACUUAAAGAUUUAAUGCAGGGUUAAAUCAUGUAUAAGGAAAUCAGCGAUUUCUAUACUCCUAAUUAUAUGUUAGGUAAAGGUGGUUCUUCUAAAGUAUAAUUUCACGUUAACUAAAGGUUUACUUUGUUACCAAAAAAUAUGAUCAAUCUCAAUUUGCAUCUAAAUGUGUUGAAAAGAGAUAUUUAAAAGAAGAUGGAGGAUAUGUAAAUAUAUUUUUAAAUUUUUAGAAUGCUUUGUUCAAUGAAAUUUAACUUAUGUAAAGGUUAAAACAUGAAAACAUAAUACAAUUGAAUGAUCUUUAUGAAGGAGAAAGCACAUUUUAUAUGAUUUUAGAAUAUUUAGAAGGGAAAAGCUUACAUGAAUUACUGAAUUAAAGAUAAUCAAUUUUUGAAUAAGAACAAAUUUAAAUAAUAAUUAAAGUAACUAAUAUAUUUCAUAUUAAAGUUAAUUUUAUAAGCAAUCGAUUAUAUGCAUUCUUAAGGAAUCAUGCAUAGAGAUUUAAAACCAGAAAAUAUUAUGUUUAAAUACAUAAAUUAAAUAUAAUCUUUAAAAAUUGUGGAUUUUGGUUUAGCCACUUAUUAAAAUAUUGAUAUAUUUCCAUUUCCCAAAUGUGGAACACCUGGAUAUGUAGCACCUGAAAUUGCUAAUUUAAAAGAUUUAACUUAAAAGUAUACUUCAAUUUGUGAUGAAUUUAGUGUUGGCUGUAUUUUUUACAAGCUGUAAUUAAUUUAUUAAUAAUUAGGUGUACUGGGAAAGACCUCUUUCCUGGUAGUGAUUAUUAAGAAAUUUUAACAUUAAAUAAGAAAUGUAAUAUAGUAUUAGAUAGUUUGACUAUUUAUAAAACUCCAACUGAAGCUAUAGAUUUAAUAACAUAAUUACUUAAAGUAAAUCCUAAAGAAAGGAUUACUGCUUAACAGGCACUUUAACAUCCAUAUUUUUAAUAAAAAUAUGAAAGUAAAAAGACUAAAUUCUAAUAAUCUAAUAUCACUAAAUAGAAUCCAAUGUCUUAAACUUAAAAUUUUAAUCCAAAAGUUGUAAAUUUAAUUUUAUAAAAAUUCGAAGAGGAAAUUGUGGAAGAUGAAAAUACAAAAUAAUUGAGUAUUCCUAUAAUGUAAAAUAUGAAAUCUUUUGGAUAAAUUUAAUAAUAUGCUUAUUCACCAUAGAAUCCUUAACCUAGAAAAAAUAUGAAAAAGUUUUAAACCUCAGAAUUUGACUAAUAUACCUAAACAAUAUCUCCAUAAAUGAAUAAUUUUAAACCAUCUUUAAUUAUGAAUUGUGAAACUUACACAAAUUCGCCAAAUCCAGAUAAAACAGCCCAAACAACUAGAAAUACUUUAGUAAAUAAAGGUUAAAAUACUGCAGCUAUCAAUUUUAUGUACAAAAUUGAAGAAGAGCAGGAAGAAGACAAAGGAAUAUAGAAAUGA